CACCACCUACUUCCGCUUCUGUGUCAAUCCAAGGCUAUAGUGAAUCUUGUUCAUCUCUCUGUUUUUCCUCAACAUUUCCUGAACACACACACCUGUGAGGUUACUCAAAUUACAUCGGCUGUACAUCUUCACCAACAGACAUCAACUGUUCACCAUAAAUAGGUGCAGGGGACCUUCUCUGGAUAUUGUGCUGUUGCUGUGGUGACACUCCAAAGACACCUUAAUAGACAGGUCUCCCUCAGGAACAUUGAGGGUUUGCCACCAAAAAGAACAUGUACUAGAAGUCAAAAUAUUUUUCUGAACAACUGGACAGCUUUGACUCUUGAAGAUGAGCAAUGAGGAUGAGUUCUAUGACGCCGUCACAGGCCUGGAAUCUGAUGAGUCGUAUGAAGGGGUGUCGGAGGCCAGUUUCAAAGAUGCGCUGGUGUUUAACAACAGCAGUCAGAAAAAUAAUGGAUCAGUGCCACAGGAGAAUGGCAUCAAGAAACACAGGACGGCAUUACCUGCACCAAUGUUUUCCAGAAACACGAUCAGUGUUUGGAGUAUCCUGAGAAAAUGCAUCGGACUGGAACUGUCCAAGAUCACGAUGCCCAUUGUCUUCAACGAGCCUCUGAGCUUCCUCCAGAGAAUCACAGAAUACAUGGAACACACAUACCUCAUCAACAGAGCCUGUGCGAUGUCUGACUCCAUAGAGCGCAUGCAGGCAGUAGCUGCUUUUGCUGUGUCAGCAGUUGCGUCUCAGUGGGACAGAACAGGAAAACCCUUCAACCCUCUGCUGGGAGAGACCUAUGAACUCAUCAGAGAAGAGCAGGGUUUCCGACUGAUAUCGGAACAGGUAUCCCAUCAUCCACCAGUCAGUGCCUUCCAUGCAGAGAGCCUGGCCGGAGACUUUGUCUUCCAUGGCUCCAUCUAUCCUAAACUUAAGUUCUGGGGCAAGAGUGUUGAGGCCGAGCCAAAAGGAACUAUCACACUAGAGUUACUCAAGCACAAUGAGGCGUACACAUGGACUAAUCCUUACUGCUGUGUCCACAAUAUCAUCCUAGGCAAACUGUGGAUAGAACAAUAUGGUACAGUGGAAAUAGUCAAUCACAGCACUGGAGACAAGUGUGUGCUGAAUUUCAAGUCUUGUGGGUUGUUUGGCAAAGACUUGCACAAAGUGGAGGGAUACAUCCAGGACAAAAGUAAAAAGAAGCGCUGCAUUAUCUACGGGAAAUGGACUGAGUGCAUGUGGAGCGUUGACCCUCAGGCUUACGAGAACCACAAGAAGUCUGAGAAGAAAGGAGACAACAAGAAGCAAAAAAACGAGGAGCCGUCGGGAGCUGAUAACGAUGAUGCGGAUGACAUGCCUGAAGUCCAGGAGACGGUGUCUGUCGUACCCGGAAGCACUCUGCUGUGGAGGAUAGACUCCAGACCAGCUCACUCUACUAUGAUGUACAAUUUUACCAACUUUGCUAUGUCUCUCAAUGAACUGGAGCCUGGCAUGAAGGGCACCUUGCCUUCCACUGACUCUCGCUUUAGGCCUGACAUCAAAGCCAUGGAGAAUGGCAAAAUGGAUGAGGCCAGUCAAGAAAAGGAAAGGCUGGAGGAGAAACAGAGAGCUUCCAGAAAGGAGAGAGCCAAGACUCAGGAGGAGUGGAAUACCAGUUGGUUCCAGAUGGGUACCAACGUGUACACCAGCUGCCAGGACUGGAUCUACACUGGUGGCUACUUCAAUAGGAACUACCAAGACCUGCCCGACAUCUACUGAUUGCCAGCAAGCCUUUAUGUGUCGUCUUCCUCCUCCUCUUCCUCUGUAACCUGCAAUUACCUGCCCUGUCAUGAACUGGAGAGAGAGAUUUCCUGAAUCCACACACCAACCUUUACUUUCCUCGUACCUUCAUCUAACUGCCUCCAGAUGCCUUCACUCCUCUCGAACCGUGGACUGCUUGAUGUCUUCUGGUUUUUUUCCUUCGUCAACCACGGAUUUGUUCCCAAUGUUCUGAGAUUUUUUAUUAUGUUUUAUGUUUUUUCCAUUCACAUGUGACCAGCAAACAUUUCCCAUCUCUCUGGCCUGACAAUGUUUGGAGCAUAAUAUGCAUUUUUCUUUUGGUUCCUGACCAAAUCCCAGUGGCAGAGAGUUGGUACAUGUGAUUCAGAUAGCAGCUCACAAACUCACAGGUCCAACGUGGAUGUUUUAACAUUUUCUGUCGUGUAAAAGCAACAUGAAGUAAAAAUGGAGGUGGAGGAAUCACAGUGACGGCUCCAUGGACGGACUCUCGGUCACCGGGGGAAAUCAGGGAUGUGAACGCUCCUGUGAUUGAGGAUGAUUUUUUUUUUCUUUUUUUCAAAAGCCUUUUAAGACUUUAACAAAUAAAUAUAGAUGACGAAAUUAUAAAUAAAUAUACUGUAUUGGUUACGUCGGUCAAGACAAAUUGAAUGCAAGCUCAUAACCAUCCAUGUGUCAUGUCCCGUAAACAUUUAGUAACCACAAUUACUUUCCUAUUAACCUUCUACUUAAGGCUUUGUGCAUCCAAACGAACCAAGAUCUAAAGAUGUUUGUCGAUCAUCACCAGCCUGGUGAAAUGUGCAGCAGACCUGGGAUCAGAGAGAAAAUGUCAGCACAAGAAAAACAAACUGUCAGUGAUGGGCCAGCAUGCCGGGGCAGACUGGAUAUUAUGAAGCUUAAUACUGAAAGAGACAGAGAGAUGUAUUGAACUGUAAAACUCAUUAAACACCAGAAAUGAGCGACAACAUCGUGACUCCAUGUUGCGCCCAGCCAAUAUUUGGACUUAAGCUGCUUCUUGAUGUUACAAAUACUGUACGUGAUACUUUAGAGCGCUGACUGUCAAUGUUUAGCCUUUUUGUUCCAGCUGAGCACAGCGUGCAGUGCAUUCCUCUUCUGUUUAGUGUUGUAUAUUCAGAUGCGGAUGUAAGAUCCAAGUUAUAUUGGCCUAACACUAAGCCACUGACACUAUGUCACCUGUGGUAAAGCGGCACACGAGGUGGGCUUAAAUGGAUCUUACUUUCAUUUUUAUCAGAAUUUGAUGUUGAGUCAAUUAUAAUAACCGUUUCGAAUAAGUCUUCAAACAUUCCUCUCAGUCUGACGUUUUUAUUAGAGAUGCAGCUGAAAAUUUGACGCCUAAGCACGAACAGCAUUAAAAAUCUCUUAACUGUCGCUUUGCUCUUGUUGAAUCUCACUCAAAUGACCCUAAUCAGACACGACCUCGCGUUUGUGUAUUUUUCGCGAAACAUUGUCACAGUGAAUACGAGCCGUUUAUAGUUUUUGUUGAACGGAUUAAAAAACGUCGCCCCACAAGACUCUCGAAAAUGCUGUUUUAACACGACUGUCAUACAUUUACUGUCCCAGGUUUUAAAUGCCAGAUGAAACAUCAUUUUAUAAUUUUACAAUGUUCUGUAGGUCUGAUCCGUUUCUGUUUACUCGCUUUACAUUCCCCAACACACACACGUACAUAUCUCCAACCUCAGAGUUAUUAAGAUCAGUUAAUUAUGAUGUUUCCCCAACAAUUAAUCUUUAUUAUAUUCCAGAUAACUAAAAAAAGAUUAGAAUGUGUUGAAUUACUUGGCACUACAAUUAGACUUGGGUCAUUUGAAGUCUGAAUUUCCAUGUCAUGUCCUUGUUUCCACCUUAUUAUUAUUAUUGUUGUUAUUAUUAUUCUCAGUGCCUGGAUUUUUGUGUUUCUCUCUAAUUUUUCAACAUGUUUUAUUUAUGAUGUUUGAGGUUUUAUUAAACACUUCUGUCGUUGAGUUGACUUUUUCCCCUUCCUUUGCCUGUGUCGCUAAUCCAAACUGCUCUAAAUUGUGUUUCUGUUCCACUUCAUCACAAAGGUGAAUUCACCAGUGUCAUGCUUGUAUUUGACUGCUGACAAUGACAGUCCACCUGAGUCCACUUGUUGGAUUUUACCUAGAAUUUUAUUUUCUGUGUCACAAAGAAACUAUACAAACACUACUCAAGUUGCACUGUCACAUACAGUUAAGGUGAAGUCAUCGCAGGUCACCAAGAGUCUUAAUCCGUCAGUGCAGUACAUCUAGGUUUUAUUGUUGCUUUGAGGUUGGUUCUCUGUACGAAAAUGCCUUCUGUUGACUUUUAGCUUCCUUCUCUUGGACUGUAUGACGUAGUUGUUGGUGUAAGCGAACAAGUGUUGCACAGAGGUAAUCACAAGCAAAAUAGCAUAUUAUUUUGUGCAAUUGAUUUAUUUUUAUAGUAUUUAAGCAGUUUUUUUGUUUGUUUGCUUUGUUUUUGUGGUGAGAACAUUGCACCAGAUGUUGUAUUUUAAGGUGUGGGACUGUGUGGGGUCGUAUCCAGACUGUGCACAACUUGCUAGAUUAAUUAACAAGGGGGAAAUGUCAACUAAUAAAAUCCUAAUUUCA